AUGUUGACGUUUUUCGCACCACUCUUGCUCCUCGCACAAAGCGCUGCCGCUGCACCUGUUGAGGACGUCGUCAGAGCAGCAGCGACGGUAGGCAAGAUCCGCGGCGUGCGCGAUCCGAUUUACCAUCUUUACCUGCAAGCCAGCCCAAAGAACUCGUCGAAACCAGUUCUCGGACCCGAAUCCGCAGCUGAAGAAUUUACUAUCGGGGGAACGAUCCAAUCCAAGAAAACAAAUCAGUUCCUGAACAUCGCUACUGCAUCGACGAGUUACAAGCCGCUGGUUUGGGGUGCGAAGGGUGACACGACGGCGUGGGGGCUCGAGGGUGAUACGAUUAUUACGACGCAGGGGAGUAGCUAUGGGCGACAACUGAAUUUCCUGGUCUGCAAUUCCGCGGAUGCUGGGUACUACGAUUUGUUUUUGCAGACGGGGAGCGAUGCACCGAGUGGGAAAACGUGCAGUAACUAUCAGACUAUUCAUCUGCCGUGUUUGUGCUAG